GUAUAUAUCUUGAAGCAACAGAGUCAUCGCUUACCAGUGUCUCCUGCUGCAGUUAUGGCCGGAAUGCUAGUGAAGACCUUCCUACUAGGGGCGGCCACACUCGCCCUCCUCCAUGCAGGUGAAGGAGGACGUGUGGUUGACCUGAGGGACGUACCCAACCCUUGUGAGCCAACAGGUAUGGCUCCCUACGACUACAAACAGACACUGUGUAUGGCGUAUGUGUUCUACGAGGCUCAACGCUCAGGUAAGCUGCCUGAGGACCAACGACUCACCUGGAGGGGCGAUUCUGCCUUGGGCGACGGGUCUGACGUGGGCCUCGAUCUUACCGGAGGAUACUUUGACGCUGGCGACUUUGUCAAGUUCCUGCUUCCUCAAGGCUUCACGGCUACCAUGAUCGCUUGGGGUCUGGUUGACUUCCCCCAGGGCCACGAAGCUGCAGGCCAGAGUGAGUACGGUCGAAAAACACUGAAGUGGGUUACAGACUUCCUCCUUAAGUGCCACACAGGACCCUACGAAUUCUAUGGUCAGGUUGGUGACGGCCACAUCGAUCACAAGUUCUGGGGUCGCCCUGAGGAGAUGACUAUGGAGAGGCCUUCCUUUAAGAUCGACUACGACCACCCAGGUACUGAGCUGGUUGGUGAGGCUGCCGCUGCCCUCGCUGCCGCUUCUAUAGUCUUCAAGGAAGAUGACCCAGCGUACUCGGAGGAGGUGUUAGCGGCGGCCAAGGAACUGUACAACUUCGGUGACGAGAGACGAGAUUACUACCACAACUCUAUACCAGAGGUCCUCGACUUUUAUAAGUCAUGGAGUGGGUACGGGGACGAGCUAGCCUGGGGUGCCCUCUGGCUGUAUCGUGCUACCAAUGACGAGUUCUAUCUGGAAAGAGCCAAGGAUCACUGGGUGGAGUUCAACCUCGAGGAGAUGCCUCGAGAGUUCUCUUGGGACUACAAGAUGCUUGGUGUCUAUGCGCUCUUCACUAUGCUGGACGAGGACCCAGUCUAUAAGGACACCCUGGUCGAAGCCCUUAACCACUUCCAGAAAGACUUCCCUUAUACCCCCGGAGGUCUUGACUUCAUCCAGUUCUGGGGGUCCAACAGACACGCUGCCAACGUCGCUUAUGUUGCUCUCGUGGCGUCCAAGUUGGGCAUAGACGCAGACGCCAACCGAGAGUGGGCGGCCAGCCAGAUCGACUACAUGUUGGGCUCCACCGGUCGCUCCUUCGUCGUGGGUUACGGCCCAGAGGCACCUGAACGUGUCCACCAUGCCGCCGCAUCGUGCCCCGACCUGCCAGAGGUGUGUGACCCUGACUGGGCGAUGAAGCAGCCAGGACCUAACCCCCAGACUGUAUGGGGCGCGCUGGCUGGUGGACCGGACAAGGACGGAAACUUCGUGGACGACCGUGAGGACUACGUACACAACGAGGUGGCCAUUGAUUACAACGCUGGGUACACCCCCUCCCUCGCUGGUCUCAUCGAGCUCACUCCUUGAGAAAAGUUAUAAUCGUAUUUUUAUCUAAGUUAAAAGACAUAAUGGUACUCUUCUGUUAAGUUAAAAGCCUUAAUCAUUUUUUUAUCCCUUGUAAAAAGCCAUAAUCGAGCUCUUACACCAAUCGAUCGUAUUUCACUCACAUUAUUAUCGUACACAUUAAACAAUACAAUAUCACACACCACAUAACGAUAUUUACUUCCCAAAAUGAAAGUUCCUUCGUGGAUUUCUUUGGUAAACGUAAAAAUAUAGAAUUUAAGACUACACCCUCAAUAAUUACAAACAUAAUCUAUCAUUCUUUUCUUAAUAUUACAAAAACCGUCCGUUGUUGUCCCUCCGUCAUCCACCAAUGUCGUGUUGUUGACAUUCUCAGACGGGAAAGAAAUCAUUUAAUAAUAUCGGUUGUUUUGAUAUAAUUAUAUAUCUUGUAUAUUUAUAUUAAUUUAAAAAGUCAUGUGGCAUUUAGAGAUAAGUUGAAUAAAGGCAAUUAACACUA